UAAGAAGGACGUUCAGAGCGCGAAGUAGUUUAUUUUAGUUUUGCUUGUUGAAGUUGAUUGAAGUGUAAGAUGAGUGGACGCGGUAAGACCGGUGGUAAGGCGAGGGCGAAGGCCAAGACUCGCUCUUCUCGUGCCGGCCUCCAGUUCCCCGUGGGCCGCGUUCACAGGCUUCUACGCAAAGGUAACUACGCCGAGCGUGUCGGUGCUGGUGCUCCCGUCUACUUGGCCGCCGUGCUGGAGUAUCUGACCGCUGAGAUCCUCGAGUUGGCCGGCAACGCCGCUCGUGACAACAAGAAGACCCGUAUCAUUCCUCGUCAUCUGCAGUUGGCCGUUCGUAACGACGAGGAGCUCAACAAACUGCUCGGGGGAGUGACCAUCGCUCAGGGUGGCGUUCUGCCCAACAUUCAGGCUGUGCUGCUGCCCAAGAAGACCGAGAAGGCGGCCAAGACCAAGUAAAUCAGUUUACCGCUGACUUGUUCUAAACCAAAGGCUCUUUUAAGAGCCACCCACCUCCGCGAAAGAAGCGCACUUUUUCUUGUUUCUCUCCCGUCAAAAAAAGGUGAUCGAUGAAACAUAACUGUUGAUCUGAUUGUGGAGAGAAAUGAAGCAAAUAAUGUUAUAAAAGUGCAUCAUGAGGCUAAAUAAAAUGUGUGUACAGUUUAUUUGGGGAUCUUCAAGGGAAGUCACUAAAAGGGGAAUUUCAUAUAAAUCUAAAAAUUUAGGGGGUCUUGGUGCAAUGGACAUUGGACUAAAACUCAAAAUAGUUUAUUAUAAAAUAGUAGCACAGGCAAUAAAGAGAGGUGCAGUGUGGGUGGGGAACACUAGAAGUUGGUGGAAAAAGAAAGGAAAAGCAAGAAAAAAUGUUCCAUGUUACAAAUUAACAUAUGGAGAUUUUAUUUUUAAAUAUGUAGAGCUUCAGAUUGACUGGCAUCAUUUUCAUAGUAAAAAGAUCUAUAACAUAAGCGAACACAUUUAUGGAGGUCUUUAUCCACAUAAAUGCCUCAGUGAAGCAGAGAGUAAGAUAUGCAUCAGAAACAUUUAGUCCAGGCAGAUCUGGAGAACAUGAGAGACAUAGCAGGGCUGAUCAGUGUGGGGAGAUUGGCUGUGCGAUGUGUCGUUAAGUGGAGCUGCUAUGUCACCACGAAAAUGUGCCCAUCGGCUGACUGUGAGGAAGAUGAGACUAUUGAACACCUGUUACUUCACUGUAAUCGAUCUGUGGUUGUGUGGAAAAGACUAAAAGCUCUCGGUGUUAAGUUUGAUAUAAAUGUUAAGACUAUAAUGUUUGGUAAUUUUGAGGAAAGUUUGUCAAAGUUUGUCAAGGACUUGUAUUGAUUGAUUGUUUGUGUUACAAACUGUAAACUAUGGAAAACGGUGUAAAAUGGUAAUACAACAGAUUCAAAUCCCUGCAGAAGUUGUUUUUAAACAGAUUUGAACGUUUGAACUGAAACGACUGCGAACCUUGGACAGAAAAUCUAAAUAUCCCUGGACUCUGUUGGACUUAUAAUUAUCUCAUUUAAAUUCAUAUUAAGUUUGUGUGUGUAAUUUCAUUGUGGAUUUGUUGCAUUUGCGUAUAAAUUUGCAUAAAUGUGAUAUUGUAUUGAUUGUGUAUUUGGAUUAUGUAAUAAAGUUUAUU